AAUGAAUUUCCGAUUAAAACAGAUUAAGGCCUAGUUUUUAUCAUUUGGUCUACCGCUUCACCGUGGAGAAUAAGACAAUACAGGGGAUUAUCAACUGGUACAAAACUGUAAUGAUAAAUUUAAAUGUCGUUAAAUUUGUUUAUAUCGGUGUUUGUUUUUUGAACUUUGUUGACACAGGAUUUCUGUUUGGUUCUUCUGAGAAAAACUGGGACGACGCCAAGUCUGAGUGUGAGGAGAGGGGGAAGCGACUCGUGUGUCUGAAGAAUGAAUCUCUGUACCAGGCAGCCAAAGAUUACUUAAGGAACCAAAGUCUUAACGAUGGAGUCUGGAUCGGCCUGCGUACAAGGUCCACCAGUUCCCCGUAUGUGUACCACUGGAUAGAUCACGAGGUCUCCACUUACUUUCUGUGGGCUGAUGAUGAACCAGAUGACGAGAGGACGGACAAAUGUAUCCGACUGUAUUCUAAUUCCUUACGGUUUGGCACAAUGGAAUGCAGCUCUAAAAAGCAUUUCUUAUGUGAAGAUUACGCCAUCGACGGUGAAUGGUCGAUCUGGUCAUCGUGGUCGUUUUGCAGCGCCACCUGUGGAAACCACACACAGACCCGUAUCCGGUCAUGUGAUUCUCCCCCUCCAUCAAAUGGUGGUGUGGAUUGCACGGGUGAAAGGGAACAAAAGAAAUUCUGUGAUAUACCGAGUUGUCCAGUAGAUGGUUUCUGGUCUUCUUGGAGUGAAUGGUCAGACUGUUUUAUGAUCAACUGCACUUUGAGUAAUCGAACACGUGUCAGAUCAUAUGACUCUCCAACCCCACAACAUGGCGGCAGAGACUGUGAAGGUGAUGCUAAUCAAGAAGAGAGCUGUGAACAUUUGAUGUGCUCAUCUGGAGAUAGUUAUGUCUGUACACAUUUUCCUGAUAACUUUAUGUCUUCAUCGGCACUGCAAGAAAAACUCCAGAACAUAUCCAAGGCUUUGACAGUCAACAAAACAAAUUUGUCAUCGCAGAUUCGCAAAAAAUCAUGCGCAGAGGACGCAAGACCAACAUCGAACCUUCAAGACGGAGUUUGGAUCGGUCUUCGAACACACUCCACCGGGUCCCCGUAUGUGUACCACUGGAUUGAUGGUGAGGUGUCCACUUACCUUCCUUGGCGAUAUGAAGAACCAGACCAUGAAGACACGGACAAAUGUGUCAGACUGUAUGAGGGAAACUUCAAGUUUGGUACUAAGGAGUGCAGUGAUCAUAAACAUUUUUUAUGUGAAGGUUAUGCUAUCGACGGUGAUUGGUCGAAAUGGUCCUGGUGGUCGUCCUGCAGCGCCACCUGUGGGAGCUUUACGCAGACCCGUAUCCGGUCAUGUGAUUCUCCCCCUCCAUCAAAUGGUGGUGCACAAUGCUCAGGUGAAGGGGAACAAACGAAAUUCUGUGAUUUACCGAGUUGUCCAGUUGAUGGCUUGUGGUCGGUCUGGUCCUCCUGGUCCUAUUGCAGCGCCACCUGCGGGAACUUUACGCAGACCCGUAUCCGGUCAUGUGAUUCUCCUGCUCCAGCAAAUGGUGGUUUGAAUUGCACGGGUGCAAGUGAGCAAACGAAACUCUGUGAUUUACCAAAUUGUCCAGUGGAUGGUUUCUGGUCUUCUUGGAGUGUUUGGUCAGACUGUGUUGUGGUCAACUGCACUUUGAGUAAUCGAACGCGUGUCAGAUUAUGUGACUCUCCAACCCCACAGCAUGGCGGCAGAGACUGUGAAGGUGAUGCUGAUCAGGAAGAGAGCUGUGAACAAUUGAUGUGCUCAUCUGGAGAUCGAUAUAUCUGCACGCAAUUCCCUGACAACUUUAUUUCUUCGCUUGCACUACAAGAAAAGAUCGAGGAAAUGUCAAGAACUUUGAAAAUAAACAAAACAAAUUUGUCGUCCCAGAUACGCAAAAAAUCAUGCGCAGAGGAUCCAAGAACAAUAUCGAGAUACCUGGGCUAUGGAGGGGCGGUAACCAUUGGGGUUUACUUUGGACUAUUGAUGAUAGUUGACUGCUCUUCCUUUUUCGGAUGGAUGUAUUCAAAAUAUAUCUAAUGAUUUUUGUUGCAAAUAUUCUACGUUUUUUUUCAUAUUUAAUACCUUUUACUGAUUAAAAAGAUUUGAAAUGGGGAAUCACAGAUUUAGGUUGAACCAC